CCCACCUCAUCUCACCUCAUGGCGCAAAUGCAUUCUCGCAUUUGUGGACCGCCGCCGCCGUCGUCGCUCGCUGCUAUCGCUACUUUCUACUUUCUGCUGGCACCAUCCCUGUGUCGCUUUGCCGAGUCGCAGGGACUCUUCGAUAAGGGGAGGAAGGAGUGACUUUGGAAGACCGACAACGAGGAAGUGGCAGUGCCGUCAGCUUCAUUCUAUCUUAUCUGUUCUUUUGACUUGGUAAAUUGCCCGGCAAGUUCAGGGUCCGACGGCUGCGUGACGACGGCUUGCAUGUGUUCCUCGCCAAGGCCGCUGCGGAAACAGGGUCGAUCGCUGCCGCAUCGUCUCGACUGCGGAACCUUUUGCAGCCGCAACGAAGGAACCCAAAAGCCAAGUCUCCACCAUGACGGUUGGCGAAAUGGAGACCGGAUGGAUUUUGUUGGUGGCUCGCUGGGUGACCCGCUUAUUUUGGCGACAUCUACAUAUGGAUCUAUCUACGAUGUACACUACUGGUCAUGCCAUACCCAUCGCGUACAUUGAGGUACAGUACCUCAGGAACGACGCGAUGGCGGUGAGAUGGAGACUGUGGACCUCAAACGUUCUUCCCGUUCGUCUUCUGCUUCUGCCUCUCCGUCCCACCCUCCCUUUUAUGCCCACUGUACCCUGUAGUAGACAAUCCGCUUAUAUCCUGUCCUGUCGGAAUCAGAAAUUUCUACCAAGUAAGUUCCUUGUGCGCUGGUGGAGCGAGCGCUGCCUUGGAUCCAAAAAACUUCUCAUGCUACUUCGCCUCCACGGUAUCCACGGGCCAUGCACGACUCAAGAAACUCAUCCCAAAGGUGUCACUGCACCGACUAAGAACCCGCGUUUGCCUGGUUUUUGCGGAUACUUCUCUCCAAAUAGUACAGGGGACAAAAGGGGGGAGGGAUUGAGCCCGCGCGACUCUGAGAGCGAGCGAAGAGAGUGAGACGUCAGCAUCAAAUCAAGAUGUUCUCAUGUCAGGAGUAUAUAAUCCGGUAUCCCCCCGUACGGCAGCAGAGUUGUCGCAUACUCUUUUGUCCCAGUAUUUUAUCUCAGCAUCAUCUGCAUCGCUGAAAGCCUCCAUCUUUUAAAGAUCUGGCUUUUUCCAUCAGUCUCCUUCUCUAUCUACACAUCACUUACACCUAACACACUCCGUAAACCCCCUUUAAAUCACAGCUCGGUCUCCCAACCGCCAUCGCAUCCUCACUCCCAAUCGCCCAACAUGGCUCCCAACCACCGAGCUUCCUCAACCGGCAGUUUCAUCGAAAACAUCGUGGCUGCCCGGAAGCAGUUGGAUAGCAUGGCCUUGAGCACCCCCGACUCUUCGCUUGACGGCUCCGAUGGCUCGCCCGGUGGCUCUGCCGGCUCGUCCGCGCUCGGUAGCCCUGCCGGCGCUCUUUCACCCGUCACCCCCACACUUGACGCACCCGUGGCCGACAGCUUCGCCUUCGCCUUCGACAUCGACGGUGUUCUGAUCAGAGGCGGUCGUGCCAUCCCCGAGGCUGUCGAGGCCAUGAAGGUGCUCAACGGCGAGAACGAAUACGGCAUUCAGAUUCCGUACAUCUUCCUCACCAAUGGUGGUGGCAAGACGGAAGAGGAGAGAUGUGGCGAUUUGUCGAAGCAGAUGGAAAUCGAAAUUUCUCCAGCACAAUUCAUCUGCGGCCAUACCCCUAUGAGGGAAAUGGCCGAACGAUUCAACACUGUUCUUGUCGUCGGUGGUGAAGGCGAGAAGUGCCGUCAAGUGGCCGAGGGCUACGGCUUCAAGGAUGUCAUCACCCCUGGCGACAUCAUCAAGCAUAACUCCGCCACAACACCAUUCCGCAAACUCACGCAGGACGAGCUGACCAACUCCCGUGAGCGUGACUUUACCGACGUCACCAUUGAAGCCAUCUUUGUCUUCGCCGAUUCUCGCGACUGGGCCGGCGACAUCCAAAUCAUGCUCGACCUCGCCAUGUCCAAGGGCGGUAAGAUUGGUACCUUGAGCGACACCCUAGACGAGGGCCCGCCAAUCUACUUCUCCCACAACGACAUUGUCUGGUCCGCCGCCCACGAUAACGUUCGUCUCGGCAUGGGUGCGCUUCGCCGCAUGCUCGAGGUCAUCUUCAAGGACGUCACCAAGAAGAAGGGCAAGCUGCACACCCACGCCUUUGGCAAGCCCCAGGUCAGCACCUUCGAGUUCGCGACGCGACUUUUGCAACAAUGGAGACGCCAGCAGCACGGCCUCGACGCACCGCCCGAUACUGUCUACUUUGUUGGCGACACGCCCGAAAGUGACAUCCGCGGCACCAACCUCUACAACGAGCAUGCCGAUAAUGAAUGGCAUAGCAUUCUUGUCAAGACUGGCGUUUAUCAGGACGGCACCGAGCCCGCCUAUAAGCCCAAGGCCACUGUGCCUACCGUUCUGGACGCUGUCCGCUACGGUAUUCAACGCGAGAUUCGCAAGCGUGUUGUCUCUUCUUUGCGGAAGGACAUCCUUGGCGAGGCCGAUUGUCUGCGCGCCAUGCAGGAGAAGGACAGUGCCGUUCUGACUCCUCUCGAUGAGCGCACGCAACCGAUUCUGGGCUGAGGUUUUGACGAGUAUCUACUACAAACACACACUUUGCUGCAUUUUAGGACACCAGCGAGUUUCACCGGUUUGACAUUUCUUCAUUUUGGAAAAGGUUCUUUUGGAAGGGUUUUAUUUUUUCAUUCUUCUUGUUAGGGAUUGGGUUUUGUUCCCCCCCUGGCGUAAAAUUGUGAUACCAUAGGCGCUAUCAACAACGAAGAUCACGACUAGAGUCGGAAGUUAGAUAACAGGUUUUAUUGUCGGCAAGCUGGAAUACAUGAUACACAGGCGCAUUUAGACGCCGAGUUUUUUCUUCUUCCUUGUCCAAGACUUUAACUCCAUCAUUCCCGCCGUCUUUUCCCUGAUUCUGUCUGUACACACUUAUGAGGUGAGGCCCUAGCAGGAUUAGUCUGCUAAUGUCGCCGGUUCCUGACCAUGGAGCAAUCAAUAACACCUGUGAGUUUCCAGGCACCAAUCAAUAGUUGCAAAGAGCCAAGCAAGUUGAGCGACGAGGGUUUUGUUGACUUGCGCAGUAGCCGUACGCAGUAAGUAUCGGCGCCCCCUCUCCCAGACGGAGUAAGUGAUCGCCAUUGGUUCGCAGCAUUCCCUCAACCGUAUCAAGGCGGGAUGUUGAUGCCGAAGGGGAAUACAUUGCUACCCGUUUGGGCCGAUGCCGAGGCUGCAAAACGCCGUCAUUUUGCGGCCUGGCGCCGCGCCGUUCUCCUGCAGGGCUUGGCCAAGGCCACCGGCCGGCGGCGUCCAAGUACGAAUAUGAUGCUAGUGCAACCCCCCCUGUUCGCUCAAUGUUUUUGUUGCGCCGCAUGCAAGCCGAACCGAAUUCCCGUUGCUGCGCAGCUCCUCUAACUUAACCAGCAUCUCCGGCCUCAACAUCGAGGAAGUUGAUGGUGUCGACCGUAGCUUGCCCCCCCACUCUUCCCUUCCUGCAUGGUCCGAUUGUUGGUUACGGCUACCAUCGCAGCGGAUUUCCCUGUGUCUC